GUGUGUCUCUGUCUGUGUGUCUCUCUCUGUGCUGCUGCUGCUAACGUUGGAGGCUCCUGCAGAGAGAGACCUACAGAUAAGGGUGGUGGUGGGAGAUGACGACACAGAGGCCACGUGGUCUAAUGGAGGCUUUAGCUGCUCUAGGAGAGAGACCGGGAGAGAGAUCGCCGCAGGAUCUGCGUCAGCGGUUCCAAGUCUCUGCUGCUGCUGCUGCGAUUUGCUUGCCACAGGAGGAGAAGAAUGCGCGCAGGGAGUCGUGGUGGCUUCAGGUGAAGGUGGAGAGAGAAGACAGCGAGGAUGGUCGCGAAGCCGACGCCAUCGUCAAAGAAGAGUUCCCGCCCGGCGAGAUAUCGAGCGUCUUCCCUUCCCCGCUCCCCCCGGCGGCGGCCGCCGAUCGCCGCCCCUUCAAGCACGAGUUCCCGCCCGGCGAGCCAUCGAGCGUCUUCCCUUCCCCGCUCCCCCCGGCGGCGGCCGAGGUCGAGGUGGUCCUGGAGGAGGCCGACCGCGGCGGAGGCCGGCAGGCGGCCGGGGGCGGCCGCCGGAAGGCCCCGAGGGCCAAGGGCUACCCCUGCCCCGAGUGCGUCGGCGCCUUCACGUGCCCCUCGGCGCUGAGGACCCACGCCCUCACCCACACGGGCGAGAGGCCGCACGCCUGCGGCGCGUGCGGCGCCGGAUUCGCCCGCCCCUCGGCCCUCAAGAGGCACAUGAUGUCGAGGCACGGCACGGCCCCGGCCAGGCCUCCGAGGCCUCGCCCGGGGGCCCUCGAGAGCGGCCGCUUGCCGGCGGCGGCGGCGGAGCGCGGCGAGGACGACGAGGAGGACGAUGGGGACGAGGAGGACGAGGAGGAGGACGAGGAGGACGAGGAGGAUGAGGAGGAGGAGGAGCGUCCGUCCGUGGAGUGCCCUGCCUGCGGCAAGGCCUUCCGCCAGCCGUCGGCGCUGAGCGUCCACCUCAGGACGCACUCGGGCGAGGAGGGCCGGGCCCACCGCUGCGUGGCGUGCAGCCGGGACUUUGUGAGCGUGUCGGCGUUCAAGGACCACGCCCUGACCCACGGCGGCCGCCGGCUGCACCGGUGCCCGCUGUGCUCCAAGAACUUUGCCAGGCCGUCGGCGUGCGCCCGCCACCUGGCCACGCACGACGCCGGGAGGCCGCACAAGUGCUUCGUGUGCGGCGGGAAUUUCGCCGACCCGUCGAACCUCGACCUGCACGUGAGGUGCCUCCGGCACUACAGGUCCUAGGCCUGGAUGUUGAGGCGCCUGAGGCACUACAAGUCCUAGGCCUGGACAUUGAGGCGCCUGAGGCACUACAGGUCGUAGGCCUGGACAUUGAGGUGCCUGAGGCACUACAGGUCGUAGGCCUGGACAUUGAGGCGCCUGAGGCACUACAAGUCCUAGGCCUGGACAUUGAGGUGCCUGAGACACUACAAUUCACACAACCUCACACACACACACAACAACAACAACCGCCAUUCGCCACUAAGCGGCGGUGAUG